AUGGCCGCAAUUCUGUGUGAACUUUUCAGAUUGGCUCGGCCCUCCCGCCCACCUCCUUCUCAGCUGUUAAACAAAGAGCAGCAGAUCGGACGCCCAGACAACACAGGUGGAACUCUGAGGGACGCAGACAGCAGCCUCUUCACAAAAAUAUUCCCAGCAAGGAGAAGUGAAACCGAGAUGAACCUGCUUGUAUUCCUCGCCGUGAUGGCUGCAGCCAGUGUUCAACUGAGCUUGUCCAAAAAGCCCAAGAGACAACAGGGGGUCCACAGGAGAGAGAGCUGCAUGUCAGGGGACGGGAGCAGCUACAGGGGGACGCUGGCAGAGUCCGCAUCUGGCCGCCUGUGUCUCAACUGGAGAUGGUUUCGUGGGCAGUGGGGAAGCUCAAGAGGUGUUGGUGAUCACAGAUACUGCAGGAAUCCUGACCAAAGCCUGAAGCCCUGGUGUCAUGUCAAGAAAGGGAGGAGGUUUAUCAGAGAAUUCUGUGAUGUUCCAAGAUGCGCGGUGACCUCACCACCGGCAUUGGACACUGAGUACACUUGUGGUGAGAAGUCUGAGGGAAGGACACAUCGCAUCGUGGGCGGGUCCUUCAUCGAUGUUGAGGCACAGCCCUGGGUCACAUCCAUCUUUAACCGCAAGAAGUUCCUGUGUGGCGGCUCUUUAAUCUCGCCAUGUUGGGUUCUCACGGCUGCUCACUGCUUCACUGAUGGUUCAGCCACCAACAUCCGCCACUUGUCAGUGUUCACUGGAAAGAAUCCCACCAAUGAGAGCAACGUCUCAAAAGAGCAAACCUUCCAGGUUCAAAAGCUCAUCAUUCACCCAGGUUUUGAGGACUUCAACAAUGACAUAGCUUUGAUUCAAAUCAGAAGCGUCGCUGGAGGAUGUGCUCGACGAACAGCCUCUGCACGGACUGUUUGUCUCCCGCCUCCUCUCACCCGACUUCCUGCUGGAUUCCAAUGCCGUGUUGCGGGAUACGGACAGCAGAGUUACUAUGGAGCGAACUCCAGGUACCUGAAGGAGGCGAGGGUCAACCUGAUGCCUCAAGCGGACUGUUUAAGAAGCGCAGAGUAUAUCAACCUGUUCACCAACAACAUGUUCUGUGCCGCGAGUCCUGACUGGAAAAGCGAUGCUUGCAAGGGCGACUCAGGCGGGCCGCUGGUGUGCGAAGCGUCUGGUCGAGCGUUUCUGUUUGGCAUCGUCAGUUGGGGAGUCGACUGUGGAAAGGAGAACCAGCCGGGGGUGUACACACAAGUCAGCAACUACAACCAAUGGAUAGCAGACAACACACAGCGCCCUGAAUACACCAAAGGAGUCAUGUACCCGAGAAAAUGAUUUGGACAAGUCACGUGCGUAAUACAAACUGUGGCAUGGUGGGAAUUUAUUUCAUUGGCAGCUCUUGUAUAUAAAUGUUGGAUGUUAAUGUUCAGUGAAAUUCCUUUGGAUUUUUUAUAGAUAUUUAUGCGCUUUGUAAAUGACUUAUUGCAAUAAAU